AUGCCCGUCCCGCUGAAAUCCUUCACGAAGUCCAAGUGGCUGGCGUUUUUUGCGGAGCUCACGGCGAAGCUCGCGCACCACAACGUGAUGGUGGUGAUGGAGGGAUGCGAGGUGAUCAAACGUAUACUCGUGUCACGCGUGUCCGUCGCCGCCUUUUUGGAGGAGGGCGAGCUGCUAACGCAUCUUGUGGAUAUAAUUGCAGGUGAGAUGCUGUCUAGUGAGCGCCGAAGCGGGAGGCCACCGCUUUUUAUGGCUGAGAAGCUUCUUUUUACACAACUCGAGACACUUUCCCUCUUUAUUGAUAUGAUGCUUGCACUACACGCGGAUAAAAAUCCAUAUUACUGCCUGCUGGUGUUGGCACGUGCCGGGGCGAUUUUGAUGACACUUGUCAAAUUGUUGCAACGGCAGCACCCACGUUUUUUUGGGAUCAUCGGGACGAUGGUGAAAUUGCUUUUGUCGUUACCGCUCGGGCGGGAGGUACGGGGUUUGCCGCUCAAUGAAAGCCAAUCAGUUGCGUUCACAUGCCAUCUGCAGCAGCUGCAGGCGGCGGUGGCCCAGCACGAGGAAAUUCUACAGGAGACGUUGGAAACUCUGCAGGCGCUAUGCUUUGCUACGGACGGCCCGAUGCGUUACUGCAGUCACAGUUUGUUGAACAUGGCAGUGCAUCGCCUUCGACGUUUGAAAAAACGGAGUAAACAAGGCAGCAGCGCUGGAGAAGCGUCCUCUGCAAGGCACGACGUUGGGCUGAAUAGAACUGAAUAUAUUUCUGCCGACAAUUUCAUGGAAAGCAGUCUCAGAAGUCAUGACGCAACGUGCCUUGCCGCGGAUGAGACCAAAAUAUCCAUAAACACAGCCGUGGAUGGGGAGGAUGCGAUCCUCGAGGAAGUUGCAGAUGUUUCCAUUCCUGAAGAGGAGUACACAGACUGCUUUGAUCGCCUGUCAAAAGCUGGUUCUCAUGAGGAGUUUUUGUUUAUGAUGAACCGUUUGUGGUGCAUAACCGUGGCGGCUGGAGAUGAACUACAGCGUCGGUUUACAAGCCUUAAUUUCAGCCGGGCAUUUAAACGUUUUCUUGAGACCAUGCCAUCCAACCAGCAGGAUCAGGUGGUGUUUACCUCCGUGCUGCUGUGGUUAUCGCACAUGAUUUCUGGCUUUCACCUUCGUAGUGAGACGCGUGACAGCAUCGCGUCUGUCGCUGGAUCCUCGCUCAUAAAAAUUGUUCUUCAAGAUUUGAACGCUCGGGAUAUGUUACUGCCACAGCGGGAUGCAUCGGAUCUCUCCACCAUUGACACAUCCACACACGCCGCAAGCGCCGUCUCCACGUCUAGAGUUAACAUGAGUGCAUCUUCCCCGAUGCGGUGCGAGAGACCCGGCGGCCUUGUGGAACGGCCAUCGAUCUCACUUGUUGUUCUCUCCUUUCUUCUUAUUGCCGAGCGUGCGUGUGGGCCGCAGGAGAUGGGACAGUGGAUUCGUGACGCGGGUCUGUUUGCUCUGAUUGAGUCCCUCAUUCGAAAUGUGGAGAGGACUAAAUCUGCGUUGAUUGACACGCCGACCACAGUUGACGGGGCACUGUCGGACGAGGUGUAUCUUGCCUGCGCCAUGGCAUCUACGCGAACGGAACACACCACUCUUGCCGCCCUCGCCUGCAAACUUCUUUCGUCUGUCAUUUGGAAUCAUUACAUGGUGCUAAAUAAAUUGCUUGCGCCAGAGACCCUUCAAAUGUUGCGGUCGACAAUCCCGCUUUUGAUGACGAUUGGCAUUCACAACCCGACACUCACAUCUGCCAUUGAAAGUGUGUCUGGAUCCGCCAUUCAUCACUUACCCAGUUGCCAGCGUGCGUCACGCCAUACUUCCUUGGGUGAGUGCAGUCUGGUGGCGUUGGAUGCCUGUUUUUGGCUCAUGGAGUUUUCUCGGAUGGAUGCGGUGUGCCUGAGGGAUGUCAUCCCAAUGCUCCCAGCAGUCUCGCGGGCAACGCGUCAUAGUAUUCAUCCGCCUCUUCGCGCCUCCGUCUACCGCUGCCUUUCGCGUCUAUGUACUUCGUCUGCAGAACUUAUGACCAUCCUUCAUGAGAUGCCAUCGGUCUUGAGCGCCGCCGUCAACAGCGUGUUGGAGUACACGAAGACCGCACCACAAUGGGAGGCGGCAGCUGCAGCAGAGUGGUUGGCGCAUGUCAUUCGCAUCGCCUCCAGCGACGCCAAGGUGGAGCAGAAUUUUGAUUUUAUCCAGACGGCGCUCCCAGUUAAACUGCUGGAGUUGGCCUCUUCCAAUGGCAUUACAUACGCUACUGCCGCCAUGCUGUCCUUGAUGACAUCUCUCUUUGAGCAACAAGGCCGCUUGGCUGAGUUUCACCAGAAUACUUUUAGCAAUGUUCUUUUGCCCUAUGGUAAGCGAUCACUGGAGUGUUGGUUGCAACUUCUUCUUGUGGCGACGCAAACAAACGAGAAACUGGAGCAUGUAAGUGAAGCGCCAAUACCAGCGGCGACAACCACAAAGGAUGCACUCUCACGAUUCUUGAGCGGUAUUGAGGGCAUUUCGGUACAGUUCUCUUUUGUUUGUUCGCUGGCUCAGGGACUGCUGUUUCUCUUUGCCUCCAAUACAGUUGUGAGGGAACAAAUUUCAGACGACGUUAUAUGCGAUUUUAUCAUAAGUGUCUUUGCUCUUCCGUCGCCGGAUGACAUUUUUGACAUGUUAUCAUCCCGCUUCGGCGUGAAGGUGGAGCAGCACAGAACGUUGGAGGAUUCUUACGAGGCCAUGCUGCAGUGGGUGAUGGAGUUCUUUUCUCUUUGGUUUACUCCCGCCAGUCGUGCGGAGAAGAAUCCACUCAGCCUGCCGUCCACGUUUUUUACGCAUCUUUGUAAAGUUAUAAGAAACAACCGCCUGUCACAGCGGAUUCGCGCACAUGUCUGUUCCUUCGUCUCCGGCAUUGUUAUUGUGCGAUGCGAUGCUCUCUAUGAGGUGCUCGCGGCGUCUAGUGGCGAUCUCUUUGUGGCAUCACUUCUUGUUCAUCCUGCUUCUUCUGUCAGUGGAAUGCAGUGCCGCCUUUUGUCGCUUUUUGCGCUGGCGAAUGAUAAGGCGCACGAGCUUGGCUGGGUCGCCGCAAAGGUGACGGAGCUUGACGGACAAGUGCAGGCAUUGAAGAAGAAUGGAGGCGUGGUAGGGGGAGACGAGAUGAAUUCUCUCGCAAUGACACUUUCCUUCGUGAGUAGCGCCCUGGCCUUUUCUGAGUGUCGUGCCCUGUCGCGGGACGUCAGGCAAUCGUUUUGCUCUUCAUUUCGCAUUUUGUUGGGCUACGAGACGACUCAACGUGCGGCCUUUCAGGCGUCUGCGGCACUUGCGCGCAGUAAUGAGGGGCGACGCUGCCUCCUGCAUGAAGUCUGUUCCACCGGCGACCCGCUUUCUCGUUCAUGUUUUGGCCGUAUUUUGGGUGUCACACUUGGCGUCUUGCAAUCGGGUGAACACCUGCAGCUGCAGAAGGAGAACAACGACGCCAUGAAGCAUGUUCCCUUGGGCGAGCGGGAGGCAUUAAGAGCAGCUGUCGUAAUGUCUGGAUUUGAUAUCUGCGCCACGGCGUGUGGGAAAGGCGGGGUGCCUUUUACGCAUGCUGUGAUGAAAUUGAAGGGUGUUGAGCACAUAGAGUCUCUCUUUCUGAAGCACGAACGCCAGCGUGUGCCGACACCGUUGGGUCUAUUUCGACUUUUAGCGGCGAUUUCUUUUCAGUUGGAGGCGCAGCUUGCCAUUGUACGGCGGGCGGAACUCAUGACAAUUCUGAUAGAGACUGCAGGAAGCACAAAUCACACAGGGACUUUGUCUUUGUUGACGCUCCGCAACCUCUGCUUUAAUUCCACUUUAAAGACGCAAAUAUGUCAAGACAGUCGCAUUCUUCUUACAUUUAAGGCAGCCUUGAUGGCAACUCCAUCGCCGCAAACUGGGACGCACGAAAAUAGCAGCCCCAAACCAAAAGAUUGCAUGAAGAUUGUCCUCUCCUCACAGAAUGAGGUGGGGGAGAAGCGGGCCUCUCUGCAAACGUUUCUGGAGGAGAGAAUGUCGUGGCAGUCGAGAAAUUCAGAGUGUGUGAGCAGCAUAGAUGAUUCCUUAGGAGACCUGGAUAUAUUUCGCCGUCAGGAGUUGGCUGUGACAGCCUUCUGGUCCCUCAUGUACGACAACCAACGGGGGAAGUCAUAUGUCCGCGGUGUUUUCAACCACUCACCGACCGUGAACAUAAACAAACUUUUGACGACUUGCUCGGACCUUACCGUGUGCGCCCCGGAUUUUGCAAAGUACUCGGAGAAGAUGUCAGAGGCCAUUGGAAACAUCAAGUUUUUGGGAAAGGGUGCUAUUUGA